UCUUAUGGUAAGCAGCAAUCGCAAGUACCAAGGACAAGCACUACGGUGGUGGAUUCUGCCCUCCUGUGGUGUGGCCACCACACUAGUAAAUACUACUAAAUACACCAUCACCGGUGAUUGCUUGCAUUACAGGUAGAGAGUUUUUGAAGUGGGAGAGACGCCAUGAAUGGAAAGGCCACUCAAUAAGUGUUGGAGAAAGCUAAGCUCCUAGUUUACAAGAAAAAGAUAAAACAGUGUGCAAGCACUAAAUGCAAUAAACCCAGAUAAUCUGCUGCCAUAUGAAGUGUUUAUAGAAUAGAAAGGAGUGUUUCCAUGGCGAACUGCAGCUUGUUCUUGUUAUUAUGUCUUACAUGGAGUUUCUUCUUCCUGGGUACCUAUCAAAUAACCUCACAAUCACAAGUGCUGCUUCAGCUAAGGAAACUACUGGAGUACCCAGAGCAAUUAAAAUACUGGAAUGGUGAAGGUUUAGAUUUUUGUUUCAUGUCGUCAUCCGCACAAGUAAACAUUACAUGCCAAAACAAUGUUGUUACUGAGCUCAAAAUUGUGGGUGAUAAGCCGAACAAGGCUUAUUAUUAUGAUGGGUUUGCCAUUCCGAAUCAAACUUUAUCAGACAGCUUUUCUAUGGAUUCUUUUGUUGCUACACUGGCAAGGCUAACAAGCUUGAAGGUUCUUAGUUUGGUGUCUUUAGGCAUUUGGGGUCCCCUACCAGAUAAAAUUCAUCGGUUGUCUUCACUUGAAUUCUUAGAUUUAGGUUCAAAUUUUCUCUCUGGUUCAAUCCCUCCAAAACUAUCCACAAUGGUAAAGCUUCAAACCCUUAUACUGGAUCACAAUUUCUUCAAUGAUACAGUCCCCAAUUGGUUUGAUUCUUUAUCUAAUUUGACUGUUCUAAGCUUGAAGAACAACCAAUUGAAAGGUCCAUUUCCAUCUUCAUUACAUAGAAUUACAACUCUUACUGAUCUUGUUCUGUCCGGCAACAAGAUAUCUGGGGAAGUUCCGAAUCUUAGUGUUCUCAGGUGCCUACAUGUGGUGGAUUUGAGUUCUAAUGAAUUGGAUUCUACUCUACCAAAAAUGCCUAGAGGAUUGGUCGUUGCUGUUCUAAGCAACAACUCCUUUUCUGGGGAAAUACCGGAGCAAUUUAGCCAGCUAAGUCACCUCCAACAACUUGAUAUAUCAUUUAAUUCAUUAGAAGGAGCUCCUCCUGCUGAAAUCUUUUCAUUGCCAAACAUCAGUCACUUGAACUUGGCAUCAAACAUGUUAAGUGGCUUGCUUCCGAACCAUCUAAGAUGUGGCGGAAAACUUGAGUUUGUUGAUAUAUCUGAAAACAGGUUGACUGGUGACUUGCCAUCUUGCUUAAGCACUAAAUCAGAGGGGAGAUUUGGUAACUUUAGUGGAAAUUGCUUAUCCGUUGAUGCAGGGCAUCAGCACCCAACAUCACAUUGUACGGAAGCCGACACGAAUAGGAAACAUUCUGGAGGCAAAAAUGUGGUGAUACUAGUAUGUAUUAUUGGAGGAGCACUAGUUGUUAUGGUGCUUCUGGCCUUUGUUUUUCUUGUUGUGAUCAGAAGAUAUUGUCCUCGAGGGGUAUCGGAGCAGCAUUUGUUGCGUAAGGCAGGGCCGGAUAAUUCUGUAGCUGGAUUCUCCUCUGAGAUGCUAACAAGUGCAAGAUUUAUAUCCCAGGCAGCAAAGUUGGGCACACAAGGUCUCCCGGCGUGUCGGCCAUUUACUUUAGAAGAGUUGAAGGAAGCUACAAAUAAUUUCGAUAACUCUGCGUUUAUUGGUGAAGGUUCAUAUGGGAAGCUCUAUAGAGGAAGACUGGAGAAUGGCACCCAAGUGGCCAUACGAUGCCUGCUACCGUCGCAAAAGUUCUCGAUUCGCAACCUUAAACUCAGGUUGGAUUUGCUUGCAAAGCUCCGGCAUCCACAUCUUGUUUGCCUUUUGGGACAUUGCAUCUAUGAUGGUGGACAAGAUAAUUACACUAUAAACACAGUCUUCCUUAUAUACGAAUACAUGUCUGGCAGAGACUUUCCUACUCAAUUUUCAGAAAAUAGAUCUGGGAAGGGUCUCGACUGGUCGGAGAGAGUGGCCAUUUUAAUUGGGGUUGCAAGGGCUGUGCAUUUCCUGCAUACUGGGGUUAUUCCUGGUUUCUUCAACAACCGAUUGAAGACAAAUAAUAUCUUGCUCAAUGAACAUGGGAUAGCAAAGUUGAGUGACUAUGGCCUGUCUAUUAUCUCAGAAGAAACCGGCAGCCAUGGGGAAAAUGGAGGCGACGAUAAAUCAAGGCAAAUGACAAUAUUUGACGAUGAUAUCUAUAGCUUUGGAUUCAUAUUACUUGAAGCUCUCAUUGGACGUUCCGGAUUUGCUGGACGAGAGGCGCUUAUACAAGAUGAAUUGGCAUUUUUGAACAACCAGGAGGAACGGUUUAGAGUAGUAGACUCCAUGGUGAUGGCAACUUGCUCUCAGGAAUCUUUAUCAGUUGUGAUUGGGAUAAUGAACAAAUGUAUCCACUCAGAGUCAUGGAGCCGUCCUUCUUUUGAGGACAUUCUUUGGAACUUACAGUAUGCUGCUCAAGUUCAGGCAACAGCAGAUGAACAGAAAAUGGACAAAACUUCAUAUCAAUGAGUUCUUGAGACUUGAAACUACGCGCUAAUAAUACCCAUACCCGGAAAAUACCUGUGUAACUUCAGAGUCCACCCCGUCCCCUCC